AUGACUGCCAGUCAGGAAUUUGGAGCAGAAUUUCGACGAUUUUCUCUGGAAAGAUCCAAACCUGGGAAGUUUGAGGAGUUUUAUGGAUUAUUGCAGCAUGUGCACAAGAUACCAAAUGUUGAUGUCUUAGUGGGAUAUACGGACAUUCAUGGAGACCUGCUGCCUAUCAAUAAUGAUGACAACUAUCAUAAAGCAGUUUCUACAGCUAAUCCUCUACUCAGGAUUUUCAUUCAAAGAAAAGAAGAUGCGGACUACAGUGCCUUUGGUACAGAUACCAUGACAAGGAAGAAAAACGUCUUAGCCAAUGUGUUGCGUCCCGACAACCACAGGAAGAAACCCCACAUUGUCAUUAGCAUGCCUCAAGACUUCAGACCCGUAUCUUCUAUCAUAGACGUAGAUAUUCUUCCAGAAACCCAUCGCAGGGUGCGACUUUACAAAUACGGAACCGACAAACCCCUGGGAUUCUACAUACGAGAUGGCUCUAGUGUCAGAGUAACGCCACAAGGACUAGAGAAAGUUCCAGGAAUUUUCAUAUCCAGACUUGUCCCUGGAGGUCUGGCUCAAAGUACAGGCUUGCUGGCUGUUAAUGAUGAAGUACUGGAGGUGAAUGGAAUAGAAGUUUCAGGAAAGAGCCUUGAUCAGGUUACAGACAUGAUGAUUGCCAACAGCCGUAACCUGAUCAUUACAGUAAGGCCAGCAAACCAGAGAAACAAUGUGGUCAGGAACAGUCGGACUUCUGGCAGCUCUGGUCAGUCUACUGAAUCUAGCCUUCCGAGUAGCACAGCUAAUAUUGUAACUAACUUCUUGCAAGGAGAAGAGGAGAGCGAUGAAGAGGACAUAAUUAUUGAAGACAGUGGUGAGCCCCAGCAGAUUCCAAAGGCUGUCUGUACCAGUGAAAGCCUGGAGUCGUUGACACAAAUGGAACUUCUUCAUGAGCCCACACAGAAUGGUUUCCUUCCAUCCAGCGAGACAAACUUGAAUCAUUCAGCAGACAGCAUUAGUAUGGAUUAUGAAGAACACCCUCCAGAUCAUAAAUCAUUAGAAGAUGGAACUAUAAUAACCCUAUGAAAUUACAUAGGUGUACUUUGUAUUAACUGAGAAUGCCAUACGUGUUUUAAUUUGGCUUAAUAUGUAAUACAUUUUAUACCUCUCCACCUACUGAGCACUGCAAUUAGAUUUUAAAAAAGGAGAUGAGAACUUUGAAAUUAUAUAAGUUGACUAACUUCAGCUAUUUCUGCACUUCAAUGUAAAUACAUCAUGAAGAUAAAAGAUAAUUGCAACUGACUGGAACUGGAUGAGGAAAAUUUUAUAUUGAAAAUGAAGGAUAGUUAAGAGAUAGCUAUGAGCUUUCUCUUGUAGGUACUUGAUUUGUCUACGUGGAAUGCUACUGAUUUUAUAGAAGCAAAUUUCCCUUGUUGUGUGAGGUUGAUUUUUCUAAUGUACUGUGGUUUCAUAUUCAACUGAAGUGUUGCUUUAGCCACCUCAUUCCUGUUUGGGGCUGCUUUGUUGUGCUGAUUGCACUGGGUGGCUCUGUGUAUCUG